AUGGCCGUCAACGGCUCUAUUCCUGGGCCUACCCUGUUCGCUGACUGGGGUGACACUGUUACGGUUCACGUCACCAACUCUCUGACCACUUCCAACAACGGAACCAGCAUCCACUUCCACGGUAUCCGUCAGAACUACACCAACGAAGCCGAUGGCGUCAGCUCCAUCACCCGGUGCCCUCUUGCUCCCAAUAACACCAUCACCUACACUUGGAGAGCUACCCAAUACGGCUCGACUUGGUACCACUCUCACUUCGCACUCCAGGCUUGGCAGGGCAUCUUUGGUGGCAUUAUCAUCAACGGCCCUGCCACCGCCAACUACGAUGAGGACCUUGGCAUGAUCUUCUUGAACGAUUGGGACCACCAGACCGUUGACGAGCUGUACUCUACUGCAGAGACCAGCGGCCCUCCCACUUUGGACAAUGGUCUCAUCAACGGUACCAACGUUUAUGGCGAUGUGUUACGGCCAGCUAACUGA